ACUCGUAACAUUUAUGAGCAAUUACGCAAAAGCUUUGAGGAAUUCAGSUAUCAUUUUAAAGCCAUUGAAAGUGUACCUGUGGUGACAUAUGAUGAUCUAGAAAUUGAACUUGAAAGCAUAAAAUGCCCUUCAUGCCCUGAUCCAUCAGAGAAAGAAGAUGUGUUUUUGUCAGCUGAUGCUUGUUUUGGUCUACCACGCAAGAGAUCAGCUGGGGAAAGCUUUCAAGAUCCACUUUCUKRCGAUUGCUACUUCCUUGACCAAGAUAAAGUGGACAAAUUUAUGGAGGAAUAUCCCAAAUCAGAUAGUCGUAGGUCAGAUGCACUCAAAGAUAGAGGAAAGGACUGCAGUGACUUUCAAGCAGGAUCUGUCAUAAGAUCAAAAGGGAGGUAUAUUGCUUUAGAUGAAACAGCUGUGUUUGGGAUGGCCUGCAGGCAUGCUUUUCCAUUGAAGUUCUUAAACUUAAAAGGAGGUGAAAGGAUUGGCUAUAUGGUGUAUUUGCUGAUAAACGUGGUUGGUGAUGAGCRGUUCACCAACAACAACCUCAAAGUAAUGUACGAUAUUUGCUGUCAAUUGAACAAGCACUUGAAG